GAGCAUCAUAGCGGGGAGGAGCUCUCUUCUCGCGGGGCUCCUCCUUCCACUCCCUCCGUUUUCUUUCACUUGCCCCAAACACACACACAUACACACUCAUUGUAUCCACCUCCUCCUCCUCCUCCUUCUACCACCAGCCUGCCCGAUCGAGAGGGAAGAGGGGGGGAAAGAUGAUGAAAAAGGAGUAAAAGAGAGGAGAGCUGGUGGUGGGGUGGGGGGUCUUAUGUUCUUACGAGCGGAAAAGGCGUCACACACCGGGUGCAGAGCGCAGGACGGAGGACGGAAGACAGGGAUCACACAGAGAGCGAGAGAGAGAGAGAGAGGAGAGAGAAGACGGUGGGAGGAGGCGACAGCGGCUCGUAAACACGACAGAAAACGGCGAAUAGGACGGCAGACACCCCCCACCGCCACCCCCGUGUCCCUCCUCAUCACUCCAUCUCCAUCCUUUCUGCACCGUUUGGCUCAUCCCUGCGCGAACCAAAGCAGCUCCUUCUUUUUUAAAAAAAUUUUUAAUAAUCCAACUCGGUGUUUCGUAGAAUAAAUACUAGAGCAAAGAGGAGGGAAGAAAGGGAGGCUGAGCCAUCACCGCCGCGACCGAAAGGAUCCACAGUGUAGGUCCUGCUCGGGACGAUCAUCGGCGCAUCGGAUCCGGCGGAUAAAAACCGGAGAGACGGGGCGAGAACACUGCGAGAUGACUGUAGAGUAAACCCCGGCUGAAGCAGAAAGAAAAAAGGAAAGAGAGAGAGAGAUACCCCGGCCCCCGGUUAUCACCGAGUCUCCAGCAUCACCAAUGCGAUGGCAUAGCGGUUUCUGCAGCAAAACUACCAGACUCAGAUCAGCAGAGCUCUCAUCCACCAUGAACCUCUGAAAGACAUCCGACACAAGCACAGAUGGAUCUGGGUGUAGAGCAGCUGGGUGGUCUGAUGGUUUGACACACCAUCCCAUAAGAUCACAGCUUCACUUCCCACCGUCGCUGAUAAGAUUAUCCCCACUACAGAGAAGUGGUUUCCAAUCAAGGCACUAAAACCAAAGCUCCUGACUCUCUGUGACCUCUGACCUCUGCUGAAACAGGCAGCAUCGCAGGGGAGAGGAGGUUUGCAGCAAUACACUUACAACGACUGGUGACAUGAGCACAUUGGAAUAAUUUCUACAGUGAUGUCUUGGCUUAGAGGUACCUGGGCAUCCCUGAAUCAACAGAAAAAACCCACACGAUGCCUGCAGAUACUCUGUUUGAUGAAAAUGCGGCGGCACAGGGUGUUCUUGCUGUGCACGGUGGGCCUGUGUGUCAUCUCCUUCCUCCACUACUACAAGGCCCUCCACUACGUCUCCCUGCUGCGUGAGCUCUCAGCCCCGUACCCCAACAUCAAGUCCUUCAUCAUGGUCACCGGCUUCUUCUGGAGGGAGAAGGGUGCGGCCGCGACCCCGCUCAGCCCCGCCUCCCCUGAAGAGGCACCUCCCCUACCUGUUCUCCGCCCAUCGGACACCAAAGCUAGAGGUGUGGCGGGUGCUGCGGGAGGAGGAGGAGGAGGGGGCGGAGGGAUGGAUUUGGGGAUUGGGGGUGUUGUGGUUGGUGGUGCCGGAAUCAUUGGGAGUGCAGGGCUAGAGAUGAGGCUCAGGGAGGAGCCAGCGCCUCCUCACCCUUGGGAGAAACCAGAGGAGAACCAGCGGGGAGACGCUCCAAAUGAGGAGAGAGCUGAACCUCCUGACCACCUGAAACCUCGGAACCCCAGCCAUCCAGCCCAACCUGCUGGACCAGACCUCCCGGAGGUCCCAUUAGUGGGAAAAGAGCACCGGGUGGUCAAGGAUCAAGUACUAGACUCUAUAGAAUCCAUGGGAGACCUCCACACCCGCACUCACCAGCUUCAAGAUGACAAAACACCUUACUUUGUCCGAACCAAAGCUGGAGCCCUCUGUUUCAGGCAGGGGACCGAGGUGGCGACCCCAAAGGAGUACUCUGGGAAAUCAGGGGGAGCUGCAGCCAAUGGAGCUGGGGAAGGUGGUCGGGCAGGGGCUGUUGGGCAACGGAAACCUCUGGAGGUCCAGCAGCAGCCCUCCAUCCCUCCAAAGGCCAAGGCGAGGGCUAGGGGCAACGGGAAGCGACUAGUCAAGUGUGUGUGUCGGCCGGGAUGGCACGGACCUUACUGUGGAGUUCCCACCAUGGUGUACCACUCUAAUCUGCCCACCAAGGAGCGGCUGACGCCAAGAGAGACUCCGAGGAGGGUGAUCAACGCCAUCAAUGUUAACCACGAGUUUGACCUGCUGCACGUACGCUUUCAUGAGCUCUCCCAAGCCGUUGAUCUGUUCCUCGUUUGUGAAUCCAACUUUACUGCCUAUGGAGAGAAACGGACUCUGAGUUUCCUGCAGCUCCUCCUUAAUGGUACAUAUGACUACAUACGUCACAAGAUCCUGUACGUGUUCCUCGACCACUUCCCAGACGGCGGUCGGCAGGACGGCUGGAUCGCUGAUGACUACUUGCGUACCUUCCUGACACGCAACGGCAUGUCCAGGGUGGUAGGCAUCAGGUCAGACGACGUCUUCGUCAUCAACGACGCUGAUGAAAUCCCAGCGCAUGAGGGCCUCCUAUUCCUCAAGUUGUUUGAUGGCUGGACAGAGCCCUUCGCCAUCCACAUGCGCAAGUCACUGUAUGGAUUUUUCUGGAAGCAGUUUGGCUCUCUCGAGGUGGUAUCGGGCUGCACGGUGGGGAUGCUCCGCGAUGUCUACGAUGGUGACGGUAUCAAACUGCGUCGUCGCGAAUACUACACCAUGCCAGGUUUCCGCAAGUACGAGAACGACACAGGCCACAUCCUGGUGCAGUGGUCGGUGGGAAGCCCCUUCCACUUCGCUGGCUGGCACUGCUCCUGGUGUUUCACGCCAGAGGGAAUCUACUUGAAGCUGGUGUCAGCGCAGAACGGAGACUUCCCACGCUGGGGCGACUACGAGGACAAGCGAGACCUCAACUACAUCCGCGAUCUGAUCCGGACGGGGGGUUGGUUCGAUGGCUCCUUGCAGGAAUAUCCCCCUGUGGACCCCAAAGAGCACAUGUACGCCCCCAAGUACAUGCUGGAGCACUUCAACAGGUACCACUACCUCCUGGAGAACCCUUAUAGCAAAGUGUCCAGACAAAGUGACGGCUAAGAGUACAGCGGGGAAUAAAUACGUGAACUAACUAACAAGGCCCAAGUGAGGCCUCAGCAGAGUUUUGGGGGGGCAGUAUGGUACUGACGAACUACAUCUCUCAUUGGAGCGAUACUAAAUGUAUCUCCACCAGGCAGCACUGAUGUUGCAGGGAUUUAAAAUCUCUUAAAAAUCAUUCUUUUGGGGUUCAAAGGGAACACUGAAUCACAUCCACCAUGGAUUUACGGAGAACGCGUUGAGAGGACACAACCACUGGAUAAACAAAGUCAUUGAUUUCCUCAUUCCUCCCUUUUUGGGGGAGGUGCCAAGCUAUCUCUCCAUUCGUCAGCCCGCCCCUGUCCUCCCUUUUCUUCACCCGACCCGAUUCGACAUGCUAUCCGAGAGAGGGCAGCCGCUUCGAAGCAAAGCGAGGGAUAUUUCGCAGGCGUGUGAAACCUGUGGGGAUGAGAAAACUUGGAAAUGAAGGAUUGUUUCGUUUUUUUUUUUGUUUCUGUCUGUGUUUACUAAAGUUUACGAACCGGCUGAUGUUCCUGAUCCACCCCUCCACCAUCAAAUGUCUUCCUGUCAUAUUUGGUGACCUCUUUCCUGAAAUGCAGCCACAACACACAUUCAUAUAUUACGCUUUUCUUGGGUGUCAGUGGAAAAUUCUAAAUCCUAUUUAAACCCCGCUGGAGUACCCACCACGAAAUUAAAAGGAACGACUCAGCGGAGAUGUUUCAGCUCAUUCAUGUACUCACACUCAUCCCACACGCACCUUAGACCUUUUUAUGUCUGUGUGUUUGUGUUUGUGUGUGUGCGUGUGUGCGUAUGUGUGUGUGUGGCCUGUCUUUGCAGCAUAUUGAAGUGGAGUGUUGGGCUGUGAAAGGGGGACAAGAUCAGCGAGAGGAAACAGAAGGCCAGAAAGAAACAUCGGGGGGGGGGUGAGGGAGCACAACGGAAGGAAUGUGAAGAGAGACAGCGAGAUGGGAAAACAGCACGAACGAGACAGAAGGCAGGAAAGAAAGGAGGAUAAUGAGGGAGGAAGAGAGCGGUGAUGAAAAGGAGAAAAAAAAAAAGGAGGCUCUCUCGACGCUCCCUUCCCCACAGCGUCUGCUGACGCACGAGAGUUGCAGGGAUGAGUGUGCAGAAACUGCAUGUGUGAACGUGUGUGUGUCCCCCAGAGCUUACAGACAGCUCUGAAUAAAUCAUGUCCUGUCAAUGGCAUCAGAGACGGACGAAACUCGCCGUUAUUGUUUGUCCAAUGAGAACAAUGGAGACCAGUUGGGGAGAGAUCGCUCAUCAGUCAUCUCUCUGUCUAUCCAACAGCUGAGAUGACUUUGUUUCCUUGGAAACAAAAGUAUGUGAAAGAGGAGACGGGAUGGGUGUUGUUAAGAUGAGUGGGUGGGUUCACAUCAGGCGAGGAGCUGCAGCGUUCAGACGAGGUCAACGCUGACUGUAGGUCCCACGGGUUAAAUAUUCCUCUUUCUUCUCAGCUGUCAAUCGCCCACUUACUCUUGGAAGCAUUUCUGUCUUUCUCCUGUCUUCUUUCUUUCUCUUUUUUACGCUGCUAAGUGUCUUUUUCUGUCUUUGGUACUUGUUUCCUCUUAAUCCUCAUUAACAAAGCAUAUUUUUUCCUCUCCUCGACUCCAUUAUUAUUCUCUCUUUCUCUACACAUUUCCCUCUCUGUCAAACAUUCUGAAGUGUCUCCAACUCUUUGUCUAACUCUCCCUCUCCCGCCCACACACACACUCCAUUUUGGGUGUGCGUCUAUUUCCUUUUAAUCCUCACAAAAACGCCCAAUUUCAAUAAUGGGGUAAAUGGUGUAUUUAUCUUCUCUGUGCCUCAUUUCUCUCCCCGUGUCCCUAUAGGACAGGGCAGCCAUCACCAUGGCGAUGCCUUCCCUCUGCCCACAGAUCACUGUCAUCUGAACAUUUAGGCAUGAGUGCUCAUUUUUGUCUUUUGCCUUUUGCCCCACCCCCCAAAAACAUUGUUUGUUUGGCUGAACUCCGGUGACAUUGUGGAAGAUUUGGCACGCAUAUUUUUCCCUGCGGGUGUGCAUGAUGUGGGCUGAGGGUAGCAGGUUGCUAGCGCUCUUGUCAAGGACGAGGAAAUGAUAGCAGCAAUAUUUACAAUGCUAGAUUGCAGCUAAGGAAGCUAAACAUGCAGCAGACAAGUACCGAUCAGAAAAGAGAUUGAUUUUUCUUUUAAUUGCAGAUCGACUGCAUCCAGCAUCUGCUUCUUCAACGCCUGUCUGGGUUUUACAGAUACCUGAGCUUCAGGAUAGAAGCUGUUUCCAGGUGAACAGCUCCUCAAAAAGAAUAACAAGUUUUGGGAAGGAGAAGGCAAACGUUCCAUAUUGUAGCCUUAAUUAUCAUCUCAAUAUAGAAGGCCUUGAUUUCCAGCUCAGCUUCACCUCAUACUUUUUCUGAUUUUAGAUUCAACUGUCCUGAGUAAGAGUUUGAACCUCCUCACUCAUCAUAUAUUCCUUUGUACAAUAUUACCAGCCACAGUAAAACCCUAAGGCAUAUAUUGAAAUCUAAAAAAAUGCUCCGGGUUUGAUAUAAAAAGCCUCGGUCCAUUUAUUGGAUCAGCGGAUGAACAGUGAUUUAGCAAAACCGGUUAAACAUUUCCGUCCCGAUGUCCACCACCACUCAGGCCCUUCAUGGCUGUGAGCUCCUGGUGGGAAAAGCAGAUUAGCUGCUGACAGUUGUGUUGGGUCUGUGCUGCUGCCUCGAUGGCAGCGUGGUCUGCGGUGGCAGCUGUUCGGGGUUUGGUGUUGGUGUUGAGAGCCAAACCUCCCAUCCAACCCCAGAGGGGCUGCGGAGAGAAACAAGCUUUAAAUAGGAUUUGACAUUAGACGACACAAGAAUCUACAACAAUACCGAAGCUUUUUUGUUACCAAAUUAGAUUUUCUGCCUUAUCAAAGUGAGGAAACUAAGGGUGUUUCCUCACAAUGAUUGAGGCUGAUGAUAGGCUUGAAAGGAAAUUAGGUAACUUGAGUCCUGGGAAUUUAACAUAGUGGAUCUUUUAGAUGCAAACAAACAUGCAAAAACAAGACGUUUGCACUUUAUGGCUUAACAUCAUCUCAGAAAUGUGACCGCAGGGGUGUCAGUUCAAUCCCAUUGUGGGUUGGGGUGUGUGUUUGUAUUUAAGCUCUUGCCAAGAGGCGUUUAACCAGAGUUAACUCCCAACUCUGAGUGUGCUGCCAUCAGGCUGCACAUCUGGUGAACUGUGCGUGCACUUGUUUGGAUAUCUGUAAGUAUGCUGUGCACUUUUAAUAUCAUUUGUGUGUGAAAGACUAGAGUGAGUCAUGCUAGAUAAGGGUGUCUGGCCUGGCUGAAAAGGAAGCCAGGGUUACUUCGCUCGGCCUGUUGCCCUGUUAUCACCAUAGCAACGAUCCUCUUGAUGAAUUCCUGAGAUCCCUAACUGCCUGAGGUCAUCAACGAGAUAGCGGCCCAGUAGAAUAAGAGGUGAGGGAGAGCAGCGGGGAGAUGAUUUGAGAAAUCCUAAAACUGCUAUCGAUCCCAUUCGGCUACGCACGCUUAUAAAACAGUAAAAAAUGCAAAAUCUUUCAUCGCUCCGUUGCUUUCAAUAAAUGUCACAGCACUGCAGAGCUGAGAAUAGUAACAGAUACAUGCUGUGUACACAAUUAACCAGCACACACCCUCCAAUUUGUUUGUGUUCUGCAUUGAUUUGACUGACUCAUCACAGAAAGUAGAUGAUUUGCAUGAGGAACAGAAAAGGUAGAUAGCAUAAACACGUUUUUUUUUUUUAUUUAUCAUAAG